AAGAAGGAGGAUAAAGUUCUGUUUAUCCACCCCUCUGCAAUGCUCUUGUGAUGUUCAGGAGCGCUAUUGGAUACACGCUCCCACUCAUCACGAGCCGCUUGCCAGCGGACGAAAUACUCAGCACUCGCACUAUCGAGGCCAAACCAACGUGCCCUGUGACGAAGUUCGGCGAUCAGACACACAUACUUCCUGGCACCUUCCAUCAGAUCCUGUCCAUUUGACGACAUGAUUCGCGAGUUGUAAACGUUCGAUUAUUGGUACAGUACAAGUCUCGCGGAAAUGCGGGUUGAAGUGUAGGGUCGUGUGAAAUACAGAUUCAUCCAACAUCUCCGCUUACACCGCUUACGAUUCUUCCUUCUUGCCCCUGGAAGGGAGAUACACAUUUCGUCGAGAGCAUGUACAAGCCUGGUACACGCGACCACCUUUCGUUCGAGUACGACUCAUUAGGCUUACCUGAUCCACUGUACGGGCCUAUCUCUCAACACACUCUGACGAGUAUCCACUGCCCAGAUUUCAACACGACUUACUUACCUCAAUCUAUUGUCAACUUAUCCACUUUCUUCCGGGACACAUAAUGUCAGAGGGUGAGUGACUUUAUCGAUUCGCUUGUUGUGCUACUUACUAUCCUAUCAGUCUUGGUUCAGAACUUGCUGGUUUUGUUUUAAGACAAUGCAUACCCUGUCCUGUC